AUGCGUACCGCCUUCUUCGUUAGCGCUUUGGCCAGCACCGCCUUUGCCGGCGUUGUCACCCAGAUCUCAGAUGGUCAGAUCCAGGCCCCCGUUACCGAAGCUGCUUCUUCUGUGGUUGCAUCCUCGGCACCCAGCGUCGUUGCGUCUGUCUCUUCCGCAAUCGUCGAGUCAGUCUCGAGCGCUGUGGCAUCAAGUGCUGUUGCCUCUUCCAUCUCCUCGGCUGUCGAAUCGAGCGCUGAGGUCGCCCCUGCCACUACAUCUUCGGCCCUCUCUACUCGCAUGCCCGUUCCCGUUGUCAACGCCACUACAGACACUUCUGUUUCCGCUGUCAGCACUACUGCAGCUGUCGUCCCCUCGGCCGGCGUGAGCACUGUCGUCGCUGGUGGUAACUCAACCAACGGCACUGUCUCUACCCAGAGCUUGAAGGCAUCUUCCACUCUUGCUUCUUCCACCAAGAGCGGCAAGGCCUCGGGAACUGCUGGAUCUACCGCCAGCGCAUCUGCCUCUGGUAACGCUGCUGCCAGCGUCCACCAGACUACCACUGGUAUGAUCGGUGCUCUUUUCGUUGGUGCCAUUGGUUACCUCGCUCUUUAA